UCGAACUACUGGUCGGCGUGUGUGUUGCACUUGCAUUUAAUUUAUAACAAAUUUGUAUUCGUUGGUACUUGAGAUACAGAAAUGGCUUCCAUCAGCUUGUUGAACCCAAAGGCUGAAUUUGCGCGUGCUGCACAGGCUCUGGCCAUUAACAUCAGCGCCGCCAAAGGCUUGCAGGAUGUGAUGCGCACCAAUUUGGGACCAAAAGGCACAGUUAAAAUGCUAGUCUCCGGCGCUGGCGACAUCAAAAUCACGAAGGAUGGCAAUGUGCUGCUGCAUGACAUGCAAAUCCAGCAUCCGACUGCUUCGAUGAUCGCACGUGCCAGCACUGCGCAGGAUGAUUCCACUGGCGAUGGCACCACCACCACGGUGAUGCUAAUUGGUGAGCUGCUGAAGCAAGCCGACAUCUAUUUGUCGGAGGGCUUGCAUCCACGCAUUAUGGCGGAAGGCUUUGAGAAGGCACGCGACAAGGCGCUGGAAGUGCUCGACCAGGUGAAGGUGCCUGUCGAGAUUAACAAGAAGAAUCUGAUGGAAAUUGCCAACACCAGCUUGAAGACAAAGGUGCAUCCGCUGUUGGCCGAUCUCCUGGCGGGCGUGUGCGUUGAUGCUGUGCUGACCAUUGCCGGCGACAAGAAGCAGCCCGUCGAUCUGCACAUGGUCGAGCUGAUGGAGAUGCAGCACAAGACCGAUACGGACACGCAACUGGUGCGUGGUUUGGUCAUGGACCAUGGCGCUCGUCAUCCCGACAUGCCCAAGCGUCUGGAGAAGGCCUAUAUCCUUACUGCCAACGUGUCGCUGGAGUACGAGAAGGCUGAAGUGAACUCUGGUUUCUUCUACAAAACGGCCACGGAGCGUGAGGCAUUUGUGCGUGCCGAGCGCGAGUUCAUUGAUCAACGCGUCAAGAAGGUCAUCGAGCUGAAGCGUUCCGUUUGCGAUGGCACCGACAAGACCUUUGUGCUGAUCAAUCAGAAGGGCAUCGACCCCAUCUCUUUGGACGCACUAGCCAAGGAGGGCAUUCUGGCGCUGCGUCGCGCCAAGCGCCGCAAUAUGGAGCGUCUGGCCCUCGCCUGCGGCGGCACUGCCAUGAAUUCGUUCGAUGAUCUGCAGGAGGAACAUCUGGGCUAUGCUGGCUCGGUUUACGAGCAUGUCCUCGGCGAGAACAAAUACACGUUCGUGGAGGACUGCAAGAAUCCGUUGUCGGUGACAAUUCUGAUCAAGGGUCCCAACAAGCACACAAUUACCCAGAUCAAGGACGCCAUUCGUGAUGGCCUGCGCGCCAUCAAUAAUACCAUUGGCGAUAAGGCUCUGGUGCCUGGCGCCGGCGCCUUCGAGGUGCGCGCCCACAACCAACUGACCAAGUAUAAGGAGACGGUGAAGGGCAAGGCCCGGCUAGCCGUCCAGGCCUUUGCUGAUGCCCUGCUGGUCAUACCCAAGACGCUGGCCAUUAACAGCGGCUAUGAUGCCCAGGACACCAUUGUCAAGCUAACGGUCGAGGAUAGGCUCAGUCCGGAACUGGUUGGUCUUGAUCUGGCCACAGGCGAACCCAUGAAACCCGCCGACCUGGGCGUCUAUGACAAUUACAUUGUCAAGAAGCAGAUCCUUAACUCCUGCUCUAUCAUUGCCAGCAAUUUGCUGCUAGUCGACGAGGUGAUGCGUGCGGGCAUGACCAGCCUCAAGGGCUAGUUCCUCACCAACUGGUGUAGCGUCUAUGAGUUUCAUCUAAUUAAUUAACCAGGCUAACUUAAAAUACACAAACACACACACAUAUGCACCAGCAACAGCAAGUAGAACUCAAAUAAUGACGAGUUGCCUUAAAUGGGAAAUCGUUAUCGCUGCUUCGAUAAUUUAUCGAACUUCUAACAGAGAGUCAAAUGAUAAAAAAAAUAUCUUAAUUUCAUCAAGUAUUUCUCUAUAUUUUUUUUAUAUUACUAAUGUUUACUUAAUACGAACCAUUGGUUUAAAAAAUAUAUUAAACACC